CCUGGAUGCAGUGGGAGACUUUGGUCUUUUUGAGAUAUGAACCGAUUCAUGCCUGGCCAUCCAACUGCAUGUCAUAUUCCGGACAACAGGCAUUUUUCACCCACCCCCCACUUUUUCCCCUGUAUGGAAACUCCAUAAUGUUCUGGGGCUUCACAAACAUGAAAUCAGAGGACCUCACUGUCCACUUUUACUCUGUUUGGGACGUCUUCCAUGACACUGACAGGUACCUUUGGUGGACCCCGAUGAAGCCGGGGGACUUAGCUCCUGCCGCACUCCUCCUGACGCCAUGUGUACUCCCGAAGAGACAUCCCUAUUGCAAGUAGAAGAAACUUUCUUGGCCUUGCUUGGUCGCAUCAACACCCUUGUCUUCCAACCUCUGCUCCUAGUGGAAGAACCCUCCAACGUGAAGGAUCAGGAGUGCCUGCGGCUUCUGCUUCAGCUCAGCGAGCAGUACCAGCACCUGUGGGAUCUGACCCAGGUCAGCCUCCGAACCCUGAGGCAGAGGCUUGACUCCCCAGCCACUGUCGGCCUGCACACCCUGCACCUCCUUCGCAGCCCCGACCUGUUCCUGGACGCCUACCGGCGGUAUUUUGUGAUAUAUACCAGCUGUGUGGCAAUGCAGACCUUUCAGAAGGCUACCAGGAAGAAGAGUGAGUUUUGGAGGAGCCAGAGGAAGGCAUUGAAGCAGUUCCUGACCAGUGUGAUCCUGGAGACCUCGGGGGCGGCCGGCUUGCCUCACAUCCUCUGCCAGCCUCUCACAGAUCAUGUGCAGCAGUAUGUCCUUACCUUGCUGAGACUCGCAGAUGCUAUUGGCGAGCAUCACUCUGCCAGGGAGCUGGCCAUCCAGGCUGCCGACCGCUUCGUGACUCUUCAGUCCUUCAUCAGACAGGCUCUGGAUGAGGCCUCGGCCACCCAGGCUCUGUGGGAGACGCUGGGCAACCGGCUGGGGGAUGCCCUCUGCACUGCAGAUCGGAGACUGCUUCUGGACAGCCAGGACAUACCUGUGGUGACCGGCCCAGUCCGAGCUGACCGAGUCCUCCUUUUCAAUGAUGUUCUUGUUCUGCUGCAGGGUCACAGCUUCCAGACCUUUGACCUGAAGCUGGUCUGGGUGGAUGCCAGGCAUGACAAGAAGCAGAUGCCAAACAGAUAUGGGUUCCAUGUCAUCACGCCUGAAGAGGAGUUUUCUCUCUCUGCAAAGGAUGCCCAAGACAAGACUUGCUGGCUGUCCACGGUGAGCCAGGCCACCUGCCAGGCACUGAGUGGGAAAAGGGACAUCCCUGUGCUGGAACAGGACCAGAACCAGGAGGGGGCCCAACCCCCUGCCUCCCGCUACUGCCUCUACACUUUUCGUACUGAGGACCGGCUGCGUCUUGCCACCUAUGAUGGCAAUUGGUUCUGGGGGAAGCCUCAUGGAAAGGGUACCUUGAAGUGGCCAGAUGGAAGAAAUCAUGUUGGUGACUUCCACCAGGGCUUGGAGCAUGGGUUUGGGAUCCGCCUGGUCCCUCGUGGGGCUGAAGACAAGUAUGACUGUUACAAAUGCCACUGGCGGGAGGGCCAGAUGCAGGGCUAUGGCAUCUGUGAGUAUGCCAAUGAGUCAGUGUAUAAAGGCUACUUCCGAGACAACAUGCGGCAGGGAUUUGGGGUCCUGGAGAGCUCCCCUCAGGCUCCGCAGCCUUUCAAGUUCAUGGGGCACUGGGACAGGGACAAGAAGAAUGGAUAUGGGGUCUUGGAGGACAAAGACAGGGGGGAGCGUUACAUUGGAAUGUGGCAGGCUGACCACCGGCAUGGGCAGGGCAUUGUGGUCACCCAGUCUGGCAUCUGUUACCAGAGGACUUUCCAUGCAGAUAAGAUGGUGGGCCCUGGGAUACUCCUGUUGGAAGAUGACUCACUCUAUGAGGGCAGCUUCACGAGAGACCUGGCCUACACAGGGAAAGGCAAAAUCACUUUCCCCAAUGGUUACUUUCUAAAGGCUUCCUUCAGUACUGGGGUCGGUAAGGGCUUCCAUACCCAGGGUGUCCUGGAGACAACUGCUCACCCUUUGGAUCCCAUGCAUACCUGUAAACGCCAGCUGGGGCUAGAGGCCUUUCCUGUGGAGAGCCGAUGGCAAGGCAUCUACCAGCAGUUCCGGGAAUUCGUUCACUGUAACUGUCCAGAGGAUGCCCAGGAGGCUUUCUUGGGCUUUCACGUCCAGACAGCCAAGGAGCUCCGGAAAUCCCAGGAGUAUCUCUUCUGUGACAGAAGUAACCCGGAUGAAGUUUCAGCAAAGAUCAAGGACAUACUUGCAGAACUGCCAACACACCAGGAUCCAGAGUCACUCCAACUCUACCUACAGAAAGCCCUGAAAUCUUCUGUGCACCCUCUGGGGAAGCUGAUGAAGCUGCUGACGCUGGCCUUCCAGGCCACCUACUCUGGCAUCGGGGCCAACAAACACCUGCUGGUCCUGGCUCAGGAGGAGGUCAAACAUCAUGCCCAGGAGGUCUGGGCUUUCUAUCAGGGACUGUUGCGAGUAGCCUUGGAGCGACAGGGCCAGAUUCAGGAGGAGAGUGAAGACACCAGUAACAGUCACCCUGAGGCCUACAGGCUGGUCCUGCCAAUCAUCCUGUCCUGCUUCUAUCCAGAGCUCUUCAUGCUGUACAUGUUGUACCAUGAGAAAGAAGACAACCUCUACAGCCAGGGCAUAGCCGACCUGAGCUUGUUCCCAGACACCAAGCUGCUGGAAUGCCUGGAUGUGCAGAAGCACCUCUGGCCUCUCAAGGACCUCACAUUGACAACCAACCAGAGAUACUCCCUGGUUAGAGACAAGUGCUUCCUCUCUGCCACUGAGUGCUUGCAGAAGAUCAUCACUACUGUGGAUCCCCGGGAGAAGCUGGAGAUGCUUGAAAAGACCUAUGUUGAGAUUGAGAACACGGUUUCCCGGGUUCUGGAGAGGGAACAUAAGCUUCCCAUGGAUGACCUGCUGCCCUUACUCAUCUAUGUUGUGUCCCGGGCCCGGAUCCAGCACCUGGGAGCAGAAAUCCAUCUGAUCAGGGACAUGAUGGACCCCAUCCACAGAGGAGGACUGUAUGAUUUCCUGCUGACAGCCCUCGAGUCCUGUUACGAGCACAUCCAGAAGGAGGACAUGCGGCUGCACCGCUUGGCUGGAGUCCAUAAUCAGAAGGCUCUCUGGAGCCAAGCGAGGGAAAGGUGCAAAGCAGGACCUGAAAAGCAGAACUCCCGUGCCUUUCACUGUGCUGUACAUGAUGCUGUACCUCAGGAGGACCCAGCUAUAAUACAAGGGUGAAUAGAGGUGACAGAAGAAGGUCUGGGCAGCAACUAUGUGGGAGCUGCCAUAAAGUACCAGAUUAUGGAGUAUGGAGGGUACACACCAAGCUUUGGGAAUAACCUUAAGAAUGAUUCCCCACCCCAUUUCCAAGCUGUAGCAUUCUCAGCAGCCCUAACUAUAAGAGCAGCUCUCAUUCCUGUGGGGCCUGUAGUAUUAUAAAGCACUUUCCUCACAAAUACCCAUCUGGGUAUUUAGUGCCAGUACAAUCAGCUCUAUUUUACAGAACUGGGACUUUUACUCAGAUCUCGUUUCCCACACGUGGUCCACUCUCAUCAUCGUUGCUCCACAACAACAAAGGUCUCUGAGUCAAGGGGCAGUUUUUCCUGGAGUGAAGUGCAGCUGCUUGUCUGAUAACACAGGGAGAUCGCCAAGUGAGAAGCAAAGCUGGUGGAGCCUGCAGGGUGAUUCCAGAAGAGAGGGGGUCAGAGGGUGAGCCGACCGGCAGGGGAGAAGCUGCUGCUGCUUGAUUGCUUUGCUUCAGGGGGAGUCACCAGCGUCGUCUGUGGUGCUGGCACGUGAUAGCUUUGGGGGAGCUCAUGCAAGAGGCAGGGCUUCCUGGGCACCUGGGGUAGAGAAAUGCUGCAGGGUCACACCAAGAAGAGAGGUCAAUAAACAUCGGCUGGAAAGA